CUACUGUCUAAUAGAUGUUGGUUUUGUGCGCAAAGCCCCGAGUGACACGAUGUAACAUUGCCCCAAACAAGCCCUGGCCAGGUGGGCUCAGAUGGAGACGAUUCACCAUACAUAAUCUAGUAUUUUCCACGCUGGCCCUUCAAUUCAUCUCAUCAUCAGCCAAGCACCAUGCCCAGUUCCAACUCUUCCUCCGUGGCCCCCUCCCCAGCCAGCUUCCAUCUGGCAGACGGACUGGGAUAUGCCCUUCAACAAAGUCACCGAUCGGUGAUUCGCUUGAACCUGCAGCACUUCCUGUGGCGCCAAGUGUUUGGAUACAGCAUCCAUCCUUCGAUCCCCACCACCCCGGCGCUUAGCAAGGUGGUGGAUGUGGCCUGCGGCACGGCCCUUUGGCUGAUCGAUGUGGCCCACGAAAAUCCCAAUGGCAUUCAGCUUGACGGGCUGGAUCUGGAUCUUACCCAAGCGCCGCACCCGGCGUGGCUGCCGUCCAAUGUUCAUCUCGACCAGUGGGACCUCUUUACCCCCGUGCCCCAGCACCUGCAGGAGCAGUAUGAUUUGGUUCACGUUCGACUCUUGGUGCUGGUUCUGUCCGGUCUCGAUCCUCUGCCGGUUAUCCGACGGCUCUAUCAGCUGGUCAAACCGGGAGGCUACCUGCAAUGGGAUGAAUUGGACUGCGUCAACAUGUGCAUCAAGAAGGUGGACCCUUCCAUUGCUGCGCCCGCAUUAGAGGAGAUUCGAGUGGGCUCGCAUGCGGACGGUCGCCAUGAUUGGGUCUUGGAUCUGCCGCGUCUGCUGGCCGAAGCCGGCUUCGAGGAAGCGACCAUCGAUCACUACGAUGAACCCCCCGAGAUGGUUCGCGCUUUCAAUGACCAGCAUUUGUUGACCAUGGAGGAGUUUGCCACGAGACUGGCGGGACAGGGCCAACACAAGGCUGCCGCUCGAUUCACCCAGCUUAUCCAGGUGGGCUACCAGGAAUCGGUGAAUGGGGCGGCCCUUUCAUUUCCGCGGGUGGUGGUGGUGGCUAAGCGACCGGCGUGAGGACCGGACUCCGACGGAGGAUAACCAGGGUUCAUGUAUCUAGUCUGUAGACCCGUAGGGGGGGGGGUUCUCAGUCGUUAGGUAGAUAGGAUGGGUGGAAGUGCUAGUCUCUACGCUAGAAUUUAGUGCUGAUGGCGACGGAUUGCCCUUCGGAUAGGGCUAGCUAGGGUUGUCACACCAAUAGACACCGUCUUCUGUUCUCCACCCUUCCCCCUCUUCAUUGACUCAACCCAUACAAAUAAUGGUCCGGGCUGUGGCCCUGGUGUUUUACUUUCCGCCCCGGGCCAACUUGUGAGAUGAAAACUGAGGAUCCUGAAAUCACCGC